AUGCUGUCAGGCGGACUGUGGCACACAUCGCGUCCGCGACAAGUGCCUACGACGACUAUUUCUACAAGAACAACAGCAACAACAACAACCCCGAGUCCGAGCACUCAGAUUUUCGAGCUCGCCGAGUUCAGCAAACCUGCCACACCCGCACGAGCUGGCAGGAGAGCGCCGCGGCGUGUAGAGGUAGACUUAGACUUAGACGCCGCAUCGCCAUCGACCGAUCCCGAUCCCGAUCCCGACAAGGAGAAGGAAAAGGAAAAGAGCGGUCGGGUUUAUCCGAGGCAGGUCAGCGUUGUCUUUUGGGCGGAGGCUCUUCGGCGUAGAGCGCAGACGCGAGAGAAGAGAGGAGGACAGGGCAGGAUGAAGUUCUCGCAUAGUCUGCAGUUUAAUGCGGUGCCGGAUUGGAGUGCUUAUUACAUUGCGUAUAGCAAUUUGAAAAAAUUGUUAUAUUCGUUGGAACAGCAAGCCCAUCGAGGACAGGGGCAAGCGGAUGUCGAAUCCGCGCCGUUGCUGCAUGACAACCUCUCUCCCGAUGCCGUCUUCCGACGAGCCUUGGAUGCGGAGUUGGAGAAGAUCGGUUCCUUCUACCAGGUCAAGGAGUCCGAGAUCCUCAAGGAGGUGGAGGAGGUUGUGCGGGAUGGCGAGGAGUACGCCUCCAAGGCGGACGGUGCCAACAUCAAUCCCAUGGGCGAUUCGAUGAUCAAGUCGCGGAGGAUCAGCUCGGGGUCUCCGCCGCGAACAAGCGGCUCGUAUCGUGAUUUCCCCACGAACGGGGACAGACGACGCAGCACGAUCAGCGAUACCCAGGACGAGGACGAUGAUGACGAUGGCGCGGAUAGCGAUGACGAGCAGCCCCCCUCGGGACAGAGGCGAGUCCGCUCGGCGAGUCGAACGGACGACAUGGGUGACUCGCGGCUCCUGGGCUACAACGGGCGCUCGAGUAGCCGGCACGACGAGCAUUGCAAAGACCCGCGGUUCAUGGAUCUGUACAACGAAGGGCUGUCGCUGAAGCAGCGAACGGUCAACGUCUAUGUCUCGCUGUGUGGACUCAAGUCGUAUAUCCAGCUGAACAAGACCGGCUUCUCCAAGAUCCUGAAGAAAUUCGACAAGAUCCUCGACCACAAUCUGCGCCGCGAGUACAUGAGCUCCACGGUAUCCCCAGCCUAUCCGUUUACGGACGCGACCCUGAAACGGAUCGACGAGGAGAUCGGCAGGAUCGAGCAGCUGUAUGCGGAUCUGAUCACGGAGGGCGAUCUCCAGCUCGCGAAGCGCGAGCUCCGCUUGCACCUGCGCGAGCAUGUCGUCUGGGAGCGAAACACCGUCUGGAGAGAGAUGAUCGGCAUUGAGCGAAAGGCUCAGGCAGCGAACGUGGGUAUCCGCCGAACUCUCCUGGGCAUAGAUGAAGAUCCCGCGGCCGCGCGACGCCAAGGCGAUGAGCAGGAGGUCGUGGCCACCGAGAUCAAGACGCCGUUCGGUCUCUACCGCGUGCCGGAGUGGCUCUGCAGCUUGAGUUUUGGAACGCUGAUUGCGAUUCUGAUUGUGUUUGUGACGUUGCUGUAUGCUCCCAUCAUGGAGAAGCCGGAGCAGCAGAACUGCUUGGCGAUGCUGGUGACGGUCAGCUUGCUAUGGGCCACCGAGGUGAUUCCUCUGUUCGUCACGUCGCUGCUGAUACCCUUCCUUGUUGUCAUGCUCCGCAUCAUGAAGUCCGAAGCCGAGCCUCAUAAGCGCUUGGGAACGAAGGAGGCCACCAGUGCUGCGUUCAGCGCCAUGUGGACACCGGUCAUCAUGCUUCUGCUUGGAGGCUUUACCAUCGCUGCGGCCCUGUCCAAGUACGACAUUGCGCGUCGGAUGGCCUUGUUUGUCCUGAGCAAGGCGGGGUCCAAUCCCAAAGUGGUCCUUCUGACCAACAUGUUUGUGAGCAUGUUUCUCAGUAUGUGGAUCAGCAACGUGGCGUCGCCCGUUCUCUGCUACUCCAUCAUCCAGCCAUUGCUUCGAAACCUUGCGCCCGACUCGAACUUCGCCAAAGCCCUUGUGCUGGGGAUCGCGCUGGCGGCGAAUGUCGGAGGCGCCGCGUCGCCCAUCGCCUCGCCGCAGAACAUCAUUGCGCUGCAGAACAUGUAUCCCAGCAUCAGCUGGGGGACAUGGUUCUUUGUGUCGCUGCCGGUCUGUAUCAUCUGUAUCUUCUUGGUCUGGGGUCUUCUGGUGGCCACGUUCCAACCCGGUCGCGGCACGACCAUCGUGCCGAUCCGGCCGGUCAAGGACCGGUUCACGGGGGUGCAGUACUUUAUCACGGUGGUGACGCUGGUGACGAUUGCGCUGUGGUGCGCCAGCCACCAGCUGGAGCACGUGUUCGGCGACAUGGGGGUGAUCGCGAUCAUCCCGAUGGUACUGUUCUUCGGCACGGGGAUUCUCAACAAGGAGGACUUCAACAACUUCCUGUGGACGAUCAUCAUCCUGGCGGCGGGCGGGCUGUGCCUCGGCAAGGCGGUGACGUCGUCGGGCCUGCUGCACACGAUGGCCGAGGGCAUCACGGCGCACGUGGAAAACCUCAGCCUGUACGGCGUGCUGCUGGUCUUCUCGGCGCUGAUCCUGGUCGUCGCGACCUUCAUCUCGCACACGGUCGCGGCGCUGAUCAUGCUGCCGCUCGUGCGGCAGAUCGGCGUCGCCAUGGACGACCCGCAUCCGAACCUGCUCGUCAUGGCCAGUGCCCUGAUGUGUUCCGUGGCGAUGGCGUUGCCGACCAGCGGCUUUCCCAAUAUGACUGCUAUCAUGACCGAGGUCCCGCAGACGGGCCAGCGAUACCUGCACGUCCGCCAUUUCUUUACGCGCGGCAUUCCGGCCAGUUUGAUGUGUUUUGCGGUGGUCGUGACGAUCGGAUACGGGUUGAUGUAUAUCGCGGGAUUGUAA